AAGCCUUAAAGCCUCUGGAAUCGUAAACUGGUGAGAUCCAGCUCGGACACAUUUAAACUGGACAGCCCUCGAGUAUUUUGUUCAUUGGCCUCCGCAUUGCACAUUCACACGAAAAUGUCUACAUCACCAACCACAACACAUGAUCUACCCAAGAGAUCGAGACGAGCUUGCAGCGACCCCAUUGGAAACGGCACUGGCGAGGGCGCACUUGCCAAUUACAAGGGCUGUGCCGUCUGCCACAACCAGGACCGGUAUGGCUUCGGCUCCAGUGUCUGCGGACGCUGCAAUCGUUGCCACGGCUGCGGCUCGAGUAAUAACGGCAUCGGGCCCAUACAAGCUGUCUAUUUUGGCGGGAAAGCGGUUGUAAAGAAGGCAAUGGCUGGGUGGAGUCGGGAUAAGGACACAGAGAUUGAGCCAUAGGGGUCGCAGGGCGAAGCCAAGGCUUGAGCAACCUGACAGCGGUAAACCGCGAUUUAAAGAUUCAGGCCCGCGUAUAACGAGUGAGUCACAUCCCGAAUCAGUUCACGAUGGUGAUUGGAAAAAGUUCACCUGGCCACGAUGGACGCGGACACACUGUCGCAAACGAGA